AUGGUGAAUGGCGACGGCGGCUCUUCAGGGUCAGGAACCAAAUUCUCUGGUGGCUCCUCCGGCAGUUCUGGUGGCGCCAAGAAAACAUCCGGUGGGUCCUCCGGCAGCUCUGGUGGCGUUAAGAAAACAUCCGGUGGGUCCUCCGGAAGCUCCGGUGGCGCCAGGAAAACAUCCGGUGUAGUGGGCAUGUUAAAAGUCGGCGGUUCCUCCGGCAUCUCCGGUGUUUCCGGCACAGUAAAAGCCGGUGGUACGUCAGCAACCAACGGUGGUGGAAAGAAGGCAUUUGGUGUUUGCGGCAUAGUGAAAACCGGUGGCGUUGAAAGAAACGGCGUCGGUUCAAGUGGAGGGGGAAAGGAAAUGUCUGGCAGUGUUGGAGUUGAAAGGAGAGGUGGCGAAGAUAAGAAUGGGACAAGUGGUGGUGCAUUAUUCAUGAAGGGGUUCGGAGGUGAUAGCCAUGGAAAUGUUGGCAUUUGA